UGCUGUUUAUCCAACUCCAGUUCAACCCAGCGCAGAAAAACAAGGAGCAGGAAAAUCCCGAUGAACAGAGAAGUUCAUUCCAGUCAUUGGCAGCAGAGAACUGGAAGGAAAGAUCCCUGAAGGAAAACGUCUCUUUUCUAUUCCAGUGCCAUAGCGGCUCCAGACAAACCAUGUGAUCGUUAGAGCAUCCGAUGUAGCUGUCAUGUGGUACGUCCACAGCCGAGCACGGUGGAAUGCUCAGCUCAGCAAGGAGCCGUUGACAACCACUGGCCUUUGACAAAGGAUCCUCCCAGUGACUCUUGUAACUUCCCCCCUCCCCUAGGGGGCACACAGACCUCUGCCAUCCCCACAGUGCCUACACAUAGGGUGGACCUUCAUCCUACACCACACUCCUCAUCCUCCCACACAGUCUGCUAGACAGGAGGUUCAUUCACAAAUGUCUACCUCACGAUUAAAAGGCCCCUCUCCAUAACUGCGACCCUGAACAGGCUUCAAGAUGACUUCCAGUAUAGGCGGGGAUGAUGCCAGCAGUAUCUUUGAUGGGUUAAUGGAAGAAGAUGAAAAGGACAAAGCAAAACGAGUAUCCCGUAACAAGUCUGAGAAGAAGCGCAGGGACCAGUUCAAUGUCCUCAUCAAGGAGCUGGGUACCAUGCUGCCAGGUAACACCCGGAAGAUGGACAAGUCCACCAUCUUACAGAAGAGCAUCGACUUCCUGCGCAAGCAUAAAGAAAUAGCUGCGCAGUCAGAGUCAAGUGAGAUCCGACAGGACUGGAAACCUCCUUUUCUUAGUAAUGAAGAGUUCACACAGCUGAUGCUGGAGGACUAUUCAAGUUCAAGGUUGAGCGCAAUGGCAUUAGACGGCUUCUUCCUAGCAAUUAUGACAGAUGGGAACAUAAUCUAUGUCUCAGAGAGUGUUACAUCUCUACUGGAACAUCUUCCUUCUGACCUGGUGGAUCAGAACCUGUUGAACUUCCUGCCCCUGGUGGAACAUUCAGACGUGUAUAAAGCCCUGUCGUCUCACAUACUGGAGGGAGAGACGCUAACGCCAGAGUAUCUCAAGACGAAAAACCAGUUAGAAUUCUGUUGCCACAUGCUCCGAGGGACGAUCGACCCCAAAGAGCCUCCUGUGUAUGAGUAUGUUAAGUUCAUCGGAAACUUCAAGUCCCUGAAUAAUGUGCCUAACUCAACUCGAAAUGGCUUGGAAGGGGUGAUCCAGCGGUCACUCCGGCCCGCUUUUGAGGACCGAGUCUGUUUCAUAGCAACUGUGAGAUUAGCCAAACCACAGUUUAUCAAGGAGAUGUGCACUGUUGAAGAACCCAAUGAAGAAUUCACCUCUAGACACAGCUUAGAAUGGAAGUUCCUCUUCUUGGACCACAGGGCUCCGCCCAUAAUAGGUUACCUGCCGUUUGAGGUUCUGGGUACAUCUGGAUAUGACUACUACCAUGUAGAUGACCUGGAGACACUGGCCAAAUGCCACGAACACUUAAUGCAGUAUGGGAAGGGGAAAUCGUGCUACUACAGGUUUCUCACCAAAGGGCAGCAGUGGAUCUGGCUCCAGACCCAUUACUACAUCACCUACCACCAGUGGAACUCCAGGCCCGAGUUCAUCGUCUGCACGCACACUGUCGUCAGCUAUGCUGAGGUGAGGGCUGAACAGCGCAGAGAGCUGGGGAUUGUUGAGGAGUCACCGCCAGAGAUCUCUGCGGUAGAUAAGCAGUCUCAGGACUCUGGUUCUGAAUCUCAACACCAGCUCAACACCUCCAGUCUGAAGGAGGCCCUAGAGGGCUUUGACCGCAGCCGCACGCCCUCGGCCUCCUCACACAGCUCCCGCAAGUCCUCGUCCCACACUGCCAUCUCCAACCCAGCCUCACCUAAGCUUAAGACAGACAGGGGUACACCGGGAUGCCAGUCCGUCUCUGCUAUUGAGAUGACAUCACAGCGAAGAUCAUCCAUCAGCAGUCAGCAAUCGAUGAGCUCCCAGCACACCCAGAACACGGGGCAGAACAUGGCCCCAUCCAUGGUUCCACAACAACAACCGCAGCAGCAGCAACAACAGCUGCAACAGCAGCAACCACCACCACAACAGCAGCAGCAGCAGCUUCAGAUCCAGCCCAGUGUCCAGUUUUCCACCCAGCUGGACGCAAUGCAGCACCUGAAGGAUCAGCUGGAGCAGAGGACCAGGAUGAUCGAGGCCAACAUCCAGAGGCAGCAGCUGGAGCUCAGGCAGAUCCAGGAAGAGCUCAACAAGGUGCAGGGCCAUGGCCUACAGAUGUUUCUCCAGCCGGGUACAAGUGGGCUGAGCCUGGGCUCUGUGCAGCUGGCCCACGGGACCACCAUGCAGCCAGGGGGUGCUCUCACCAUGCAGGGCCAAGUGGUGUCUGCAGGCAGUCUGCAGGGCAGCACCCCACAGCAGCAUACGGUCCAACAACAACCCCAGCAGCAGUCCCAGCCCCAACAACAGAACCUGUUACGAGACACCAGCUCUGUCCUCUCACAGUCUUCAGUGCGGUCGACUCACUCUCUGCCGCCCCAGCAGAGUGCCCUGCCAGCCUCCCUCUACAACACCAUGAUGAUCUCUCAGCCCAACCAGGCCAAUGUGGUCCAGAUCGCCACCAGCCUGGCCCAGAACAGCAGCAACAACACAGCUGCCAUGGCAAACUUUGCCCAGGACCGCUCGGGACAGAUCAGGUACACGAUGCCACCAACAGGGUUCCCUGCUGGCUCUCAGUUGCUGACUAAGCUGGUGACUGGGCCGAUGGCGUGUGGAGCGGUCAUGGUCCCUACAACCAUGUUCAUGGGCCAGGUGGUGACCGCGUUCGCUCCUCAGCAGGGCCAGACUCAGACCAUCAGCAUCGCCCAGCAGCAGCCUCAGCAGCAGGAGCAGCAGGCUCAGUCUCAGGCCGAAGCCACACAGCAAGGGCUGGCCCAGCAACAAACACAGUUCCUCCAGGGCCCUCGGCUGCUCCAUGGAAACCAGUCCACCCAGUUGAUCCUGCAAACAGCGUUCCCACUGCAGCAGCAAGGAGCCUUCGCCAGCACACAACACCAGCAGCAGCAGCAGCUACAACAGCAACAUCAGCAGCAGCAGCAACAGCUCCAGCAGCAGCAACAACAACAGCAACAACAGCUCCAACAACAGCAGCAACAGGAGCAGCAGCUGGCCUCUCACAGGGCAGAUAGCAUGUCAGGCCGCUCCAGCACACAGCCCCAGUAACCUGGCAACAUCCGAUCAGACAUGUGGACUGAACCAAGUCUAUUUGUCUGUGUGAUGGGGUGAAGAGAUCGGUUGAGGAAGCAGUAUUGAGACUAUGCCUCUGAGGCUACCCUGCUUCAACUUGGUCUGUAGAGUUAGUGAUGGAUGGAUCAAUAGAUGGGUCUCUGGCUGCCUGCACUGAACUCAUGAGCCACUGGCGCGUCAGAUUGAAAACAAUGCUGUGCUCACAGUGAGCACGGAGUCGCUCCACUUCAUGGCCAUGCUCAGAACUUUCCCACAGAGACCUCCACUCUGUCAAGGUCCCCUCACCACUGUGACAGGGGCCAGUGCUUGUCUCCUACCCUGCCCUCUUCUUGUGUGUUCAGUGUGUGCUCCCGUCACCCUCACAGAUUUUAUUUAUGCAGGACGAUCCAUUCUGGAGCUUCAAUCAAGGCUUCAAAGAAGUCCUACAGACAGCAGACAGACGCCUCGUUUGUUUUCUGUUUUUCUCAUAUUGUUUUUCAUGUCAAAGUAAUUAUGGGUCAGAAAAUAUUUUUAAGAAUGUCAUGUGGAUUGAACUUUUAUUGUACAGAACAAAAAAUAAUAUGUAAAUAUAUGGGGAAAAAAGAAAAAUGACUAAUAUUUUAUAUGAUGCAUGAAAUGAAAAGCAUAGUCUGUUAUUUGUAGCUUUGAAUAUACCUUUUUUUCUAGUACUCUAUGGAAAAAAGGAAACCUAAACACACUUAAUGGCUGAUCUUUUCUUCCCGUGGGCCAGGUGUCUUUUUGGGGCCGUGGGUGUCUGUGUAGUUGAUGCUGCUGGUCGUGUCACAGUUUGUUUCAUUCUCUUCCUCACUUUCGUAGUUUUAAUAAAACUCCUCUAUUGAGAUUAAAAACAGAAAUGUUUUAAAGUUACAGUAUUUUUUUAGAAUAUAUAUUGUGGUCCAAAGCGACAUGUUGAGGACUAAAUAGAUACAUGAUUUUACUCAGAACAAUAUUUUAAAUUGUAAAUAAAGCAAAGACCCAAAGUUUACCAAAUAGACUUUAAAUGUAUCCUAUGGAAAGCUUAUGAGCUCAUUAUUUUCUCUGCCAUCAUGCCUCAUAACAUUUACCAUAGCUAUUCAUAAACAUUUUUUACUUUUAAAAAGUCCUUAGUGUUUAUCAUUAGUUGCUUUAAAUAUGAGGCAUUAUGACUGUUUUAGAGUGGUCUUGUAACGCUCAUAGCGAUGCAUGCAAAGUACCUCUAGGUACAGACUAUACUAGUGCUUUACAAUACUGUACUUUUUUAGCCCUAAAGGCUUGUGUAGAAAAAUUAGUAUUCUCAUAUAAAUAUAUAUUCAAUUACAUUUUAAAUGGCCACAAAAAUUACCUUAAACUCAGAAAUGCAAUUCACACAGUGAUAUUUCUGCACAUUAUCCUAUUUGCGCCAUUAGAAAUCUAGUGUCUGUUCUAUGAAUGAAAUGCUCCUACUUUCUCCUGUCACUUGCAACUAUAGCAUGCUUAUCUCCUAUUAAGCUUUUUAUGGGUUGGCAAUGUCAGAACAAACAAAUUAGUGAUAUCUCUCCUCUUUAGAACAUUAAAUGAUGGUGGAUCUCAUCAAAUAAGUGUUUGGACAGAAUGCUGCUAGCAAUUGUGAUCUGAGUUAAUCUUCAUGUGUUAAUAAAGUGAGUUUGUCUGUUUUA